GUUUAUCAGACGGAUGACUGAGCUAGUCUUAGUUGUAUCCUCUGUAAACGAACCUCAUUGAAAAAAACAUUUGUUUAUUGAUUCCUCAUUUUGUAUUCAUUGUAGAGGCUCGGUAAAACACAAAUAAUAUCCUCGUCGCGUAAAUAAGAUUGUUGUGAUCUGUUCGUCGUAAAUUUCACGGAGCAAUAUGUUUCAAUUUAAUUUAAAACAUCGACUUUUACAGUUAGCUGCGCUGUUAGCAUGCUGCCAUUAAACAACCUUCAAGUCGGUGGACGUUGUUUUUUUUAUAAUAGUUUUCUGUUGUAUUAUUUAGACGCUAACUUUAAUGUAGUUGAUGAUAAAAUUAUUUAUUUGGAUGAUUUCAGAAAUCUAGCUUCAGUAGGAGGAAUAUUAGACAUGAAGAAUGAAAAAACUAUAAAAAAUGGUAAAACGUUACUUAGGCUUCAGUUCCGCUAACUUGUUUCUAGUCGGACAGUAAACGGUGGGUGCUGGAUGUGACCAAUUUGACUUGAUAAUAGGAUGGUAGGUUAGUUGGGGUUGGAGUUGACUAGUAUGGUUUACAUGGUUGUCAGUAGGGGCAUGCUGUUCAGAUGGACCCAGAACACAGGGCUCUGCUGCGGACACACCGGCUCUAUCUGUCCGGGGAGCUGCUGGUCUCCGACACUAUCGUUCCGUUUCUGUACCAAGAAGAAAUCCUGACGGAGGCUCAGGUGGAGGAUAUCAGGUGUCAGCCUACGGACAGACAGCAGACUCUGAAGCUGCUGGACCUUCUACCGAGCCGCGGACCUGCAGCUUUUGAUGCGUUCCUGCGGUCUCUGGAGGACUUUAGCUGGGUCAGAGACCGGCUACUAUUGGAGCUCCAGAAACCAUCCGGACUUGGACCUGGACCGAGCACAACAGGUGAGACAUGCGCAGAAAACACACCUGGACGUCAGUGUUCGAGUUACAACGUCGUUUUUCAAUCCAAGUGUGCAGGGGCGUGUCCAACCAUAAUGAAGUCCGUGUCCACUCAUCAAAAACACAUAAUUAUGGUGGCCGAGAACCGCCGCUGCUGCAGAUAAAAAAGAAUGCAAAAAAUAAAAAUAAAAAUAAAUAGAUAAUAGAUUAACUAAUAAAAGCGCCUGAGUCGAUAUGAAGUUGAUCUGCGCAACAUGGCCUGACGAAAUGACACAUUGAAAAGUUCAUGAAGCGAAAUUAAACAUUAACCUUUCCACGAACUUCUUUGCUUGUCUUCUUGUCGUCGUCUUCUGUGCCUAGAUCAUAAAACACUGGUGCGUCGUCAUUGAUCCCUGGCUGCUCACUUCCGUUGUUGCUUUUUUUAUUUGCACCCUUUUAUUUUCGCAAUGAGUAACUUUUUUUUUUUUCUAUUGCCACUUUUUUUUUUGCAUUGUUAACUUCCGUUGUGGCUUUUUUUAUCCCAACCAUUUCUUUUUCAUUCACAGCAGGCUUCGGUUUCUUUUUUUUUUUUUUUGCAUCAGUAACUUCCAUUGUGACUUCUUUUUUUUUUUUUAUUGCAGCAGUGGCGGCUCCCGACCACCGCACAUAUUCACCUUUUUUCUUUAUAUGAUGUAACUCCAGACGUGUAGGCCAACAUAAAUUAGUUUAAGCCUUUAAUAUUCAGGCAGUCCCUUACUCUUUGGAGUAGAAGUUGCAGCUUCCAUGAUUUUUAAGAAGAAUGUCAAUAUUUGGUGUUUCUGGAUCACAUUCAGAUCUGGUUUUGAACGGAGCCCCUCUGGUGACAUUGGAGGGAAAAAAAUUAAUGCGUGGCCACCAGUUACUAUCUCGUGGCAACAAGAAAAUAACAUGUAGUGGGAAAUAAUUCAACUUUGGUAGUGGGAUCUGCCAGGGGGAUUUAAAGGAAGUUUGUUUGAUUCUUGGCUCUUUGGACCCAAAUGCAGUACUGCCUGAGAGCCUGAAGAUCAGGACUAUCCAGUAUGGGUUUUGGUCCUUGUCCCUUUUGUAGAAAGAUUUCUCUAGAUUCUCUGAAUAUUAAAUUCAAAUUCAACUUUAUUUUUAUGGCACAUUUCAGACAAAAAAUGUAGCUCAAAGUGCCUCACAGAGUCUAAAAACAACAAUUAAACAACAAUAACCAACCCUCCCACCCACACACCCACCCAUGGACACACACAGACACAGACCCAUCUUCGCUCACCCACACAAGCACACACAGAGUGAGAAUUUAAGAUAUAUAUUGUUAAAGAGACAUGGCCUGACGCAGACAUUGCGUGACGAAGGAGUUACCUUCAGGAAACACUGGAGAUAAAGAUAAAAAAAUAAAACUGAAAAAUAAAUGAAUAAAUAAAUAAAUAAAUAAAUAAAGGUAAAAAGAGACUGAAAUCUGAUGGACUAAAACAAGAAAAUAAAAUGAACAAAUAAGAGCUCUUUACCAUGUAAAAAGGGGUAAAAGAAGUAAAAACCUCUAAGGCAGGAGUUAAGAAAAAGACUAAGAACAGAGAUAAUUCAUAAGAUUACAUAAAAUAAACAUUAAGAACUUUGAUUAAAAUGAACAUUUGCAAUAAGAGAAAUAUAAAAAGGCAUUAUGUUCUGUGGUAAUAAAAUCUAUUUAUUCUUUGACAUUUUACAAACACAGAUUUUUCAAUGAUUACAAACAUGCUGCAGCCAUUAAAUUUGAAAUGAGCAGAUACUUUUCAUCAUGCAAUAAUAUUUUCAAUAAUUUCUUUUAAGCCUGCUCUAUGUUUUAAAUGACAGGUAGUUGAUAGGGCUGGAGUCAAUCUUCAUCAUGGAGGUUGAGGAAUCAAUCAACUUCAGACGAGGUUCCAAUUUAAAGGAUUUAUUUACAAGCUGUCAAAUAGUGUUUUCUGUAUUUAACAAAAAGGAAAAAUAUAAGCAUAAUUUAUUAAUUGUUACCUUUAGACAACAGAGAAAUGCUCAAUAAUUUUAACUUACUAAUCAGAAUCUGAUAGUUUAAACAAUGCCCUUAACACAAAAUUGAUCAAAUGAAACAACCUUAAUUGUCUUCAAAACAGCCUAUAAAUUAAAUACAUCAUACAACACUCACUUUUACACACUUGACAGCCAGGAUGAAACAUGUCAGCAGCAGAGCAAACUGAACAGUGGACUGAGGAGUCCUUAUAGACUCCUGAUCAGGCCGCAGUGGCUACACCUGUGGUCGAUUGCUGCAGCCUGAGCAGGUGUGAAGGAUUCUAACAUCUACUUUCAGUAAAAUACAAACCAUAUGAAUCACAAACUGCCAGAUUCUGUUUAUAACAACAUUAAGUGAUUACAGAUUUAAACACAGCAAAAAAAAAUGCACAAUGUGGAAUUUUAUUUUGUACUCUAGGAUUAAAAUUUCGAUUAUAUGAAGUCGUAAUUUAUACAGUGAGGCCUGUGUAAUAGUGAGAGAUAUUAGACAGAGAGUCAUAAUACCAGAUUUGAGUCUGAGAACGAGUCCAAAAAUUAAAGCUUUUAGUCCAGAGUGAUGAAAUGAGAUUAGAUUCGUAGCUAAAGUUUGGUAUUCAAGCGGGUUAAAUGAGAUUUGAUAUAAAUAACUUCAGAAGAACUAAAACAUGAUCGAUGAGUCUGAACAGAUCUGUGAGGCAAGACUUCUUCCCAGAACAACAACUCCCAAAAACUUUCCGGGAAAAAUGAGUCAGCAUCUUCGAAGAAGCAAAUAAUCACCUCACGAGGCCGACCAGCGACGGUUACUUUCCAGAAAACUCUUUUCAAAAGUUUCACGACUCUCACUCGUUUCAGACGCUUCAGUUUUUUACAGUGUAGACGGUUUAUACUGACCCUGAUUGACCCAGACACAACAUUAAGGUACUGUGUGUGGGUGUGUGCGGGUGUGUGGGUGUGUGCGGGUGUGUGGGUGUGUGUUAUGUAACAGCAGGGAACACGUGUGUCUGUGUGUGUGUGACUCUAAUCAGGCUGAAACACUCUGACUUUGUUUCCUGCUUGAGUCUCUGCGCUGCAGGUGUUUUAAGGGGUGGAACUUCUUAUGUGACACACCUUCAGACUCUGCAGGUAACAUACCAACAAAACCACCUGAGAGACAAGAGAGGAGGAGGAGAAGGGGGAGGAGGAGAGGUCCUGAGCUCAUUUCCUCUUCCUCUUCUCCUGUUUUUGUUGUUACUGACGUAUUUUUGAAACAGCAAAUCCUCAUUCAGGAUCCUUAGAUGGCUCCUGCUACAGCCAAUCAGGUACACUGCAAAUUAUUAUUAUUUUUUUAUUCCAAAAAAACUUAGAUUUAGAAGUGUUAGAUAAUUUCACUUGUUUUAAGACUUGAUUUCUUAUUUUAAGUGUUUAACUUUACACUUUAAUCUUACAUAAACCGAUCUUAUUUAUUUAUUUUUGUCUCAAAUAGGCAGGAAAUCUUAAAAUGAAAAAAGUAACUUAAAAUAAGUUUAGUAGAGAGAGUUUAGUCAUUCUUCACUAAUACUGGGUAUUUUUUCUCUAAAUUUCUAUUUUUUUGUUUAACUAAUCUUCAGCUAAAUUUGCUAAAAGUAAGAAAAAAAAAUGUAAUCACUUAUAUUUAGCAUAUUUCACUUAUUUUGAGGCUGUAAAAAUGUUACUUUUUAAGUUAUUUCAUCUUAUAACCCGCAUUUUCUACUUACCUUAUACUUACCGUAUUUUUCACACUAUAAGGCGCACUUGAUUAUAAGGUGCACCAUCAAUGAACGCGUCUAUUCGCAACUAUUUUCAUUCAUAAGCGCACCAGAUUUUAAGGCGCACCAGAUUAUAAAGCGCAUAAAGCCAAACAAAACAGUCAGAUAAGUAAAACUUUAUUGAACUCAUUCAAUAACUCGGCGAGGCUACGGUGGCUGCAGUGCUCCAACAAGCCAAAAGGACUUUAAGUGCGCCUUAUAGUGCGAAAAAUAUGGUAUAUUUGGUACAUUUCACUUAUUUUAGGGCUGUAAAAGUUAAAAUUCAAGUACUCGGAUCUUAAAACCAGCAUUUUUGCCCAACUUUAAUCCUUCCAAAUACAUUUGUAGACAUGCUUAUUUCUAGAUUUAACAGUCUUAAUUCAAGAAAUCCUGUCAAGUGAAAUCAUCUCGCUGCAUGGACAGAUAAUUUUAAUUGUUUUUAGUACCUUUUCCCGCAAAUUUAGUGUUUGUAUCUUGUUUUUAGACCCCCCUUUUUUGCAGUGUAUUAAAGUCUCCCCCUUUAGACGGGGCCCUGUUCCUGUAGCUCUGCUCUCUCUGAGCUCUCCAUGAAGCAGCAGCUUGAGGAGAAUCAGACAGUUUAUGACAGAUAUUUAAGAGCCAAACAACAUGAGAGCUGAUUUCCUCCAUGUGUCACUAAAGGAGACGAAACCGCUGACACUGAAGUCCCCCCUCCUCACUUUGAGAAAAGUCUGAAUUUAAAGGGGAAAAAAACUCCUAAAACCAAAACUUAAGUCCAAAUAAUCAUAAAUUUGAAGAAGAAAAGUCUCGAACGCAAGUGUGAUGGAGAGCAAACACUGUCUCCUCCCCCUCCCUGACCCUCCUCCCUCGCCUCCCCCUCCCUUUAUUGCCCUCUGCUUUCCAGGAAUCUGGCAGCAGCGGCUGCAGCAGCUUUUCUUGGUUAAAGCUGCAGCGCCGGACGUUUCAGAUCAUCACAUGCCCCUGAUCCUGACUCCCCCAUGACACCCCCACCCCUCCAAAAUAAAAGCAUCCCCCUAGAGCCCCUUCUGAGAAGCUUUCCAGGAUCUCUGUUUGUUUUAUUCUGCAGCUGAUGUUUUCCCGAAAGUCAUAGUGACCAAAAUCAGUUCCUGGUGAGUUUGUACGUUUUACCUUCUGAGAGUCCAGCCACACACACACACACACACACACACAAACAUGCGCACACACACACACAAGCCACACAUGGUCAGAGCAGCACUUCCUGUGUCAUGGUGACCUUUCAGGAGAAAAACACUGAUUGCGACAUGCUCUCUGUCAUAGAGUUGAUAGUAUUUUUUUGAAGCUGUCGACCAAUCAGACAAGAGCAAACAGCUCGUCCUUCACUAACCAACACACAUUGAGAAAUAAAGUUAUACUACAGAGUCAACAACGUGUGGAUGGACGUAGUUUAUUAAUGAGGCCUGAAAACAACAGACUGGAGGGGUUUACCUUAUACAGCUCCACCUGCAGGACAUGGUUUGUCAGAUCAGUGACUAAAACAGAGGAAAGAGAUCUGACCUGAUAAUCUACCAACAGAGAAUAAAUGAAUAAAACAGACUUAAGUUUGAUGUUAAAUUUAUAGAGAAUAUACAGACUGAUCCUAUAGAUUCAGAAAAUGAUAAAAAUCUGACUUCAGACUGACUCCACAUUUAUGUAAACUAUUCGCAAAAACAGACAAAAAGUUGGAGCUACAAUGUGAGAUUUCGUCAGAUUCAAAAACAAAAUUUUUCUAUUAAAUCUCCAUUGAAAUUUUGUGAUAAAAUAUUCAUAAAUAAAAACAAAGAAAAAAAAGGUUUGACACGAAUAAGUAAACAAUAAUAAUAGUUUUAAUUUUGUGAUGUAUGUUGAGGCCAAACAGGAAAUCUAAUUUAAAUAAUGAAUUAAAUUUAUGUUAAACUAGCUUAAGGAAAGAAUAUUAAUUUAAAGCUGGUAUUCAUUUUCUUGCCUGCCUAAUUGUUUAUAUUAGGGCCCGACCGAGGGGGGUCUGAUUACCGAUUAACCGGCCGAUUUUUAAAAAUUUUAUGAAGUUAUAAUCUACAUCUAGCGCCAUCUACAGGAUAAGUUAGGAACUUUUCAAAUGGUGAAAAUUGGCGAAUUUUGGCCGAUUACCGAUUAAUCUCAAACAGGCUAAAAUUGGCCGAUUUAAUCGUCUCGCUGAUAAAUCGGUUGGGCCCCAGUUUAUAUCAUUAGUUGGCAUUUAAUUUGAAGUAAUUAGACCGUCAUUUUGUGUGAUUAGUGACACCUGGCCAGAUGACUGAGAGUGGGAGCGGGAAAGUUUGUUGACUACAAAGAGCAGACACGUCGAUAUAUAGUUACCUUUAUAGUUACCUUUUGUUUACUUUAAUCUGUAGAAUGACACGUGUAAAUCCUUUAUUUUUCUUGGAAAUAAACCUUAGAAGUGACCCUGGAUCCACGGCUGUUUUUUGUUUGGACUGUGUGUAUUAGACUCAGUCGGCAGUGGUUUUCUUUGGAGACUUAAAGCCACUACAAUGUAAAUUAAAUUCGACAAACGAAACAAAAUGACAAACUGAGGUAUACAAACGAUCUCAAGGUAAAAGUCAUAAAUUUACGUUUAGAUUAAAAAACUGAUUUGAGUCAAAAAGAAAAGAAAUAGAAAAAAUUCAAAACUUUGUUGGGUUAAGGUUCGCUGCCAAGGAUUUUUAAGAAAUAAAGAUUAAAUGUGAAAUAAUUUGAUCUGUUACCCUGUAAAAACUAUGACCCCAGUAUUAAUCAAAAUAAUCUGUAAUCUUAGAGUAAAGCCUCGAGACUCAGUUUGUAAACCCAGAAUUUUUCUCAGUAAUUCCACUUCAAACUCGUGUUUUUAUCCUAAUAUUGAACAACAAAAUCUGUAAUCUUCGAUUUUUACCUCAGCACUGACUUUGUACACACAGAGUACAAUCCUGGUAUUUAACAUGUCACUCUGUAAACUAAAUUUAUAAUCAAGGUAUUCAUUUUUUUAUCUGAGAUUGUAAUCCCUGUAUUGAACUUGUAAACAUAGAGAAUAUAAUCCAGUUAUUGAAGCUGUGAUUCUGCGUGAAAUCUAAAUUAAUUUUAAUCUAAACAUUUCUAAUGUUUAACUGUAAUUUCAGGUUAUAAUCCAAGUUAAAAUAAAGAUGUCUGUCUUUCUGCAGACAAGUGUGGGCUCCCUGAUUCCGUCCUCCAGAAGGUCCCGACUGAUCGUGAUCUGUCCCGGCUGGCCUCUCGGCUGGGCUCAGAGUGGGAGGCAGUGCUGAUGGAUCUGGGUCUGUCUGCAGAGGAUCUGUUCCGGUGUCGGUCCGAUCACGCUCUCAGCACCCACGGGACUGUUCUGUCCGGUCUGGUUUUGUGGAGACAACGAGAGGGGAGGAGAGCGACAGUUCAGAGACUUCUGCAGAGUCUGCGCCUCGCUGACGUCCACCUAUCAGUUCUGGAGGAGGUUUUCAAGUGACCCGGGGUCAGCUGAGAUCCACAUAUUUUGGAGGAGUUUCUGGAGCGAUAGAUCCACUAUCAGUCCCUGGUGAGGUUCUGGAGUGACUUGGGAUCGGUCUCUUUUAGAGAUGGAUACUGUUUUAUUCUCUGCCACGAAACACAGACUGUAGAAACUUCUUGUAAUGAAAAUAUUUUGUAAAGAUGGAUGAAAGAAACAUGUUGUAUGAAAGCCUUUUUUAUUCUUUAGUCAGAUCCCAAAUACUUGUGCAUAAUUUUUUUGAUUUGCCGGUAUUUUAAAUCUGUCAUCCACCAAAUUUGUAAAACAAAAUUUGAUUUAAAAACGAUAAGUCAGAGAUCCAAACACUUUGUCAGCUUUUACACAUAAACUUACUUGUUAUUACAGCUAAAGUUUUACUCUAAUCGGUUUGAUUCCUUUUCGUUUUUUUCUCCCCGUCUUUUGAGCUCGUGUGUUUUUUCACAGAAGUCUGGUCUGUCAGGAUUUCCCCGCUUUUUCCUGGAAGUCGUCUCACAUUUCUUCUCUGGAGCGAUCAGUGAAGCUGCCACAGAGCCCCGUGUUCCCCGAGGUUACAUAACACAUAGACGCACACUGAUACUCACAAUAACAGUCAUCAUCACUAUCACACAAUAACACUCAGAGAGGGACACUAUCACACAAAGACAGGCAGUCAUAAACAGUAACACUUUGUAAUGAUCAGUCACACUCAGACGUAAAAACAAAACGCUGAAAAAUACUCAGUACAUGUAAAUAAAUAUCUACACACAAAUCUAAAUCCAUUCUGCACUCUUUAAUUCACACUAAUGCACAAAUUAAAUAUAAACCUGUUUUAUUUUUAACAAAGUGAUCAGAACAAAGGCGUGCUGUGUCUCAAAACUAUCAAUCAUACAGUAAUACUUGUUUUGACUCUCAGUAAUACUUGUUUACACUGGCGGUAAUACUCAUAGUACUGACUUAAGGCAGUAAAAAUGGCCUCUGGCCGUACCUCAUUAAUUCCUGAAGAGCAGAGCUGUAGGAUUGACUCCCUGUUCUUAAGGUGGACUGAUCAGAUACUGAACCUGCUUUGAAAACAAACCCUAGGUUUGUUUUGUAGCGGAAAUGAAACAUUUGAUAUUCAUUUUUAUGACAUUUUUCUUUAAAGAUAUUAGUUUGGGGAAUCUUUUCAGUUCAAUAGUUUUAAAACUUUGUUGAUCAUUUGAAGGAAAUUACCCUUUUACAGCAGCUGAAGUCAGUCAGACGAGACAGCUUUUAGGUUUUCACCUGUGACACGUGGAGUUUAAACGGAUUCAUCUUUACAAUUCUGAUCAGAUUAUAAAUCUUAUGUUGAAUUCAGGUCUAUUUAAGUGUAUUUGGAACAGCUCCUUUAAAAGAGCAAUACUUCAAUAUGUUUGACUGCUGUUUAAUUCCCUAAGAAAGCAAAAAAUACCCAAAAUACAGUUUUAAACAAAACCAAAACAACACAUCUUAAAACACAGCAAUUGUUUCAACUCAAUAAAACACACACAAUAAAAGACAUUAAUCCAGUCUGAGAUGAUUCACUUUAUUCUUCUUUUAGAUAUUUUCACUGGACUUGAAUGCUGUACAGUCACCUACAGCACCAGCGUUAUUAAAGCUCCCAUAAGGAAUUUUUAAAAACUUAUGCAACAGACUAAAAUUCCUCUUGAUGCCUUCAAAUCAAACAAGACCAUCAGUGUGGGGACUGGCUUUUUGUAGAUCCUUAUUUAUACUGUCUGAAAUCAGUGUUAAAUUACCUCUUUGAAGUGUGUUUGGUGUAAACAACAUUAACAAGAGGAAACAUAAGAACAAUGAUGCAAAAAAUGUUUUUAUUUAUGAUAAUAUCUGACAGUUAACAGAUAUUAAUCAAAAUUUCAUUAAUGAAACAGGGCUUUGUCUGGUUCUCCACUGUGCCCGAGUUUAAUUUAACCAUUUCAUCCCUGUGAAACAAAGACACACUGAACAAUCAAUCAAAUUGAUCUUUAAUUGAUAAUUGAAAGGUGUGGCUAUGAAACUAUUUAACCUCUCUCUCAUUUGGUUCUUGUCUAAUUAUCUGUUUGUUUCUGUGUUUUUGAUCGAAGAACAUCGAUUUUAACACGCAGCUGUUUCCGAAACAGUUAAACAUGAAGAGAGGCUUGUUAUUUAUAAGAUGCAGAUUCUGUGUGUGUGUGUGUGUGUGUGUGUGUGUGUGUGUGUGUGUGUACGCUCAUGUGAGUUUCUCAGAAAGCAGUGAACACUGGGCUUUAUAUCCCUGCUGCUUCCAGGAAACUCUGCAAAUAUUUAAAGUCUGCUGACGGAGGGUGACGCCUGCUCACACUUUUAUUGCUGCAAACACCCUCGGCUGUUUAUUCAACAUUCAAAAACUUCAGAAAAAACUCUUUCUACUCUCAGAAAUCACUGAGAAGAUCUGUAUUGAAAACAAACGGCACACUUUCUCUUUUUUCUGUAUGUUAUUUGAGACGUGGUAAUCACAUUUAAAGAGCGUUUUUUUAAAAUUCUGAUCAGAUUAUAAAUCUUAUGUUGAAUUCAGGUCUAUUUAAGUGUAUUUGGAACAGCUCCUUUAAAAGAGCAAUACUUCAAUCCCAUGUUUGACACAUUUUUGUUUAAAUUUAUAUGUAUAUAGAAGAAACAACAAAGAUGCUGUUUUACAUAACUAUCAAUCAUAUCAUAGGACAAAUAUACUAGAUGUAUAGUUGGAUGUUAAAGUUUAAAUAAAUUGUUAUAAAUGAUAAAAAAAAAUUCCUUUUAACAGGCUAGCUUCAAACUUGUAUGUUAUGUAUUGUUUAUUUUAUUUUUAUUUUACUAUAUUAUUUAUUUUUUAUUUUAAUAUAUUAUUAUAUUUUUAUUUUUUUUAUUUUGUACUUAAUUUUUAUUUUAUUGUUAUUUAUUAAAUAUUUUUUACUGUUUCCAAAUAUUUUAAAAAUCUAUUUUGCAUACAAUUUUUGUAUGUUUUUUGUUGUAUUCAGGGUUUUUAACAUAGUUGUAACUCUUCUUAUAUCAGGUUGUUUCAGCAUUUUCAGGACUCUAGCACCUCCCAGGGGGCAAAAGGUGAUACACUUCAAGUCCUGAUUUAAUGCUCCUGUUUCUUAACAUCUCCAGAAUCCAUCAUUAUAGCAGCUGGUCUAACUUUUCACAGAGUAGAAAAUUAUUUAGGAGGUGUUGUAAGACAUUAAACCGCCCGCUAUCACAAAUGUAAGAAAGCUGCAGACAGGAAUAUAAAGUUUAUAAUCAUUUUGUGCUGCGUCUGCAGUGAACUUCACCCUCGUGUUAUCAUUUCUAAGCACAUUUUGAAAGUCGUAAAAGGUCAUUGUGACUUUACCAAGAGAGGCGAUAAUCCGAAUUUCUAGGAAACAACAACAGGUUUAUUACUGAUCACCCGGCCAGGUCAGGUAUUCGAUUCUGAUUGGUCAAAACCAAAAAACAAAAGCGGAUACUUAGUCAAAGCAAGAGUGAAACAGGGUCAAAAUGAAUCAGCACGUUUUACUUCAACCCGUUGACCGACUUGUACAAACGAUAGUUCGGAAGUGGUACGAAUCGUGGAAUAAUGGGGGCGAAUUUAAAUCUUUAAACAUAAACCAAUCCUUUUACCAAAAUCACUUCGUAGAGUUAGAGUUUUAGCACCACAUCACAUUGCUCUUGCAUUGUUGAGAGGGUCCCUGGUCAGGGUUAAAGGACUCAAUUCUUGAAACCAAAUUCUGACCUUGGAGUUUUGCGUAUGAGUGUCCUAGCGGUGCGACUCAUGUCUUACUAUGAUUGGUUUAAGUAUUUUCUUUAUAUCUCAGGUCAUGAUGACACAGGACUAAGACCAGUGUUAUCCGUGGUCUUGGUUUAUGGGCCACACCACCCAGUCCCAAAUCUC